ACACAGUCGUUGUUCCGUUUCCGUGUGCGCCACAGUUGACUUUGGCGCGUUGUUCAAAACAGACCGCGGGAGAAGGGAGAUAUUUGCCGCGAUUAUUUUGUCCAGGUGUUUCCACACCGAAUCAAAAAUAGAAUCGGAUUUAUUUGACCUGGUGAUUUGAAGAUGUUAUCCCGAAAAAGAAAACAUGGCUCUCCAGAUGCUGAGAGUAACCCAUCUAAGAAACAAAUAACAAGCCUGAGAAACUCUCCAAGAAGAGCCACUCGACAAAAAGAGAAUAUUCCCAUCUCGCUGGCAUCACCCCAAAAGAUUCUCAGUACACCUAAGAAGAUCCCGAGGACCUCUUCGCUAAAAUCUCCUCCAAAACAAAUCUCGCCACGAAAAACUGUAUUGGGAGCGGGAUCCUUCUACAGCAAGCAGAAACCUCUUUAUCUCACACCUCUGGAAAGGAAGCUGUUAAAGGAAACCAAGUCACCACCAUCAGUCCCUAGCAAAGAACCACCACAUCUCCCUUUGAAUGCUGGGAAUCCUGUUAAAAAGCCAGUGAGGAAGGUCCAAAUGAAAGGCAGUGCCACAGGUCCUCAGUCUAACCUAAAAGGUUACUUUAUCGCGAAACCCAAAGGGAAAAGUCCCUCUGACACGCAAACAGAUCAGUCGUUGAGGGCCAUGGUGGCCCCGAUUUCAUUUAGCAGUAUGAAAUCCAAGAGUAAACCCAAGCUGGUUGUAGGAGCAGCUUUCUUCGGCACUGGAAAAAAGCCCACUUCAAUGUUCAAAAGAUCUGCACAGAACACAAAGCCUAAACAACCCUCAACCUAUGAGAAACCCACAAAGGAGAAGGAAGCGCAGACAGCACCAGGAGAACGUUCCCCAGUCCGCCGUGCCAUCUUCUUAAAAAAGCACCUGAGUGCAGACAACACAAUUAAAGUUACCGCUGAUAAAGUUGCUGAGGACAGCGAGUCAGUGCAAGUGAUGUUGAGCCCCGAGCAGAUGUCUCCUCAUGUCCUGGCACAUAUGCAUGGUAUUACCAAAGAGUUAAAGGUGGUUUUGAGGAGAUCCAUUAGUCCCAACAGAUCCACUGAAGCUGGUAGCCAGGACUCACCGGCAAAAACAGAUUCGGUGUUUGAUGUGAGUGACAUACCACCACCAGAUCACAACAGCUCUCUUGAUGAAGAGUCAUCUGUCUAUCCCAUCUUUGGCACUAAGAGAUCUCAGAAAAAAGGGGUUUUGUCACCACCGCUGAACACUAGCACUCCUUCUGCACUGACUGGUACUUCUGCUCUGAAGGCCAAAGAGAGAACUGCCUUGAGAAGAGAGAUGAAAAAGCAAACAGAUAACCAGCUUAUCAUUGAUGCUGGUCAGAAGCAGUUCGGCGCCACCACGUGUGGGUCCUGUGGGAUGCUGUACAGUACAGAUAGUCCAGAGGACAACUUCCAGCACACGCAGUUCCAUCAGCGCUUCUUGGACACCAUUAAGUUUGUGGGCUGGAAAAAAGAGAGGGUUGUGGCAGAGUUCUGGGAUGGAAAGAUUAUUCUCGUUCUUCCUGAUGAUCCUAAGUAUGCCACAAAAAAGGCAGAGGACGUGAGACGGAUUGCAGACAGUGAACUGGGCUUUCAGCAGAUCACCCUCAGUAGCCCGAGCUCAGCUAAAACCUACCUGUUCAUUAACAGCGACAGGAUGGUGGUGGGAUGUCUGGUGGCUGAAAAUAUUAGACAGGGUUUUCGGGUGCUGGAACAGCAAGAGCAAGCCAAAGACAUGAGCAAGGAGGAUUUCAUGGAGCACCACAGAGCCUGGUGCUGCUCUACAGUGCCGGAACAAGCCAUCUGUGGUGUCAGUCGCAUCUGGGUUUUCAGUCUGAUGAGGAGGAAGGGCAUCGCCACUCGCCUUCUGGACACUGUCAGGACUACUUUCAUGUACGGGAGCCACCUGACCAAAGAGGAAAUCGCCUUCUCUGACCCUACACCAGAAGGAAAGCUGUUUGCUACGAAGUACUGCGAGACGCCAACAUUUCUGGUGUACAACUUCAUCAGUUAAAGAAAAACGUUUCGUGUAGGUUUUAGUAUGAUUGCAUUUGUGAAUGCUUUUAUAAGUUUUUAAUAGAUAAAAAAUUGUUAGAUGUUCAAAUGAAGUUCAGUCUAAUAUCAUGUAGUGUUCCAGAUUUGUUCAGGAGAAAAUCCAUGUUUUACUGUUGUGCAAAGAUUGAUGGAUUGUCUUUGAAAGUGAGUUCAUGAAUUCAUGUUUAAGACACUUUACAUUAGCACAAAUGCAAGCUCUGUUAAACCGUUAACUAACGUGGCUUACAUGUUCCUGUUUGGAAAAUUAGACUCUGUAUGUUUUCCUUGAAGUUGUUAAAUGAACAAGACAUUUCAUUUGAACAUGCUUCUUGCUUUUGUACAUAUUUUUAAAUAAAUUGUACUUCAUAUUUUUGG